AUGGCCAUGAAAUUUCUCAAAGCUGGUGCUCCCGCAACUGAAGCCGUCGAGGCCGCCCUCCGGGUCCUUGAAGAUAAGGAAAUCACCAACGCUGGGUACGGCUCCAAUCUUUCCAUUGAUGGCAUUGUCGAAUGUGAUGCCACUGUCGUGGACCAUUUUGGCCGCAGCGGUGCCUGUGGUGCUGUUCCAAACAUUCGGAAUCCCGUAUCUCUGGCCAAGCUCAUCCUUGACAAAAGCAACAAACCACUAAGCCUACGACGAGUCCCUCCAAAUGUUCUUGUGGGAGAAGGAGCCAAGACCUUUGCGGAAGAACACGGUCUCAUGACAUAUCCGAAUGAGUACAUGGUUUCGAAAACCGCCAAGGACCGAUUCCUACGCUGGCAGGAAGAUCUCAAGCGGGCUGAUACUAAGAUGAAAGAGUUCAAAGCAUCACCUGAGAUCACCGACACUUGUCCUCCAUGUCAGUACGAUACGGAAUCGUCAACAAAACCACAACCGUCAUUGCCUCGCGAACAACGAGCUGCUAUUGUGACCGGUACUUGGAACGAAGGGCAACCCGAUUCUCCGUUCAUUGGCACACCAAGCCAAUCCGCAACGUCAACGCCAUCGCCCGAUCAACAUACACCCACCAGUUACUUUCGACUUGCCGGCCCUUCCUCGACCCCCUCAAAUCGUCCGCCAUCAGCCCGCACAGCUCUCGAAAAGCCGGCACAGACAUAUGCCGGAGUAGCUGGUGGUGUGUUGAGCUCGUCCUCCCCUUUCCGACCUAGGCUAUCGGCUCGAAAACCUAACCCUUUAGCUGAAGAUUUUAAGUCUGCUAUGCCGGAAAAUGUUUUGAUACAUGAAAGACACCAUGCACGUUCCACUGGCAAGACUGACCAUGUUCUAUCAGAGGUCCCUCCUGGGAACAGUGGCUAUGGUUCUGAUCGCCAGAGCUCCAUAGGUCCUCGUGGGGUUAAGCGACCUUCCAGUCCAGAUGACAAAGCGCAACCUCAUUCACGAGCCAUAAAAGAUCGCUUUCGCAUUGGGCCUGGGUAUGAGGACGCUAUCACGGACACUAUUGGUGCCAUUGCGAUCGAUGAUCAAGGCAACAUCGCUGCCGGCUCUUCCUCAGGUGGGAUUGGGAUGAAACACCGAGGCCGUCUAGGCCCAGCAGCUCUUGUUGGAGUUGGGACGGCCGUUGUUCCUUGCGACGAAGAAGAUGAAGAGCAGGUUGCUGUCGCUGCAGUCACAAGCGGUACGGGAGAGCACAUGGCUACUACUAUGGCCUCCCAACGAUGUGCUGAGAGAAUUUAUCAUGGCACAAGACGCGGCCGAGGAGGCAAGGAUGUUCAAGACGACGAUGAGGAUGCUAUCAUGGAAUCCUUUAUUGCCGAAGACUUCAUGAAGCACCCGGGUGUCAGGCAAUGUCACUCUCCUGGCGCAAUCGGCGUCAUGGUAGUCAAGAAAACACAAACGGGCUACUAUUUUUAUUUUGCCCAUAACACAGAGUCGUUUGCUCUCGCCUCAAUGGGAGGUCUAGAGAGACAGCCAAGCUGCACCAUGUCUCGGCUUCCCGAAAGUGCUAAGAUCGCAAAGGGUGGGCGCAAGGAGGAGUCGAUGAUUCUGGUGUGGGAUGGAUGGGCUUCCGCUGGAACUGUCGGAUGA